UGACACUCUUUCUCAGUUCUGCUGUUUCUGACUCAUUCGGUCUGUUUUCUCUCCCUUUUCUGCUGCAUACCCAAGCUUAUUAACAUCCCAGUCCUGCCUGUAAUUGUUUUAAAAAAAGGAAAAUACACCUUUCAAAGAUCCAACUUGUUUUAACAGCGAUUUGUUGAACCGCCCUGGCAAGCCUGAACAUCGUACAAGAUCUUUUUUUAGUGAAUGAGUGCUAAACCACGUUUCCUGCAAGAUCUGUCUGACUUUUGAAUCUAGUGACUGACUUCUCACCGUCAACAACAUCACAAUGGAACUUGAAAAACUCUCUGAAGCAGAAGGCAUGAUGGGAAACGGGAAUCAUGGGGGGGAGUUAGGUCCGGAGAAAAUCACGAUGGAAGACGGUUAUGAAGUGCCUGGGACAGCCAAAGAAGAAUGUGAAGAGUUUUUACCACACAAAACUGAUGGAAAGAAAAGGACACAGUUUACAGAUUUUGAAGGGAAGACAUCAUUCGGGAUGUCUGUGUUUAACCUCAGUAAUGCCAUCAUGGGCAGUGGGAUUCUGGGAUUGGCGUACGCCAUGUCGAACACUGGCAUCGUGCUCUUUGUAAUUCUCUUACUGUGUAUUGCCCUCCUGUCUGCGUACUCCAUACACUUGCUGUUGAAAUCUGCCGGCAUUGUGGGGAUCAGGGCUUAUGAGCAGCUGGGUAACAGGGCGUUUGGACACCCGGGUAAAAUUUUGGCAGCACUGAUAAUCAGCAUGCACAAUAUUGGAGCAAUGUCCAGCUAUCUCUACAUUGUGAAGUAUGAACUUCCCCUCGUUCUGCAAGCCUUUUUAGGCAAGACGGAAAAUACAGGGGAAUGGUUUUUGGAUGGAAAGUAUCUGAUCAUCAUUGUAAGUGUUAUAGUUAUCCUGCCCCUGGCGUUAAUGAGACAACUUGGUUACCUUGGCUACACCAGUGGAUUCUCAUUGGCCUGCAUGGUGUUCUUCCUUAUUUCGGUCAUUUAUAAGAAGUUCAAUAUCCCCUGUCCACUCCCGGACAAUGCGACCGACACCAGCCAAAUCUCAAAUGUCCCAUUAAACCAAACCAGUCAUGACCAGUGCACUGCCAAAAUCUUCACCGUCAACUUACAAACGGCAUACUCCAUUCCUAUCCUGGCGUUUGCCUUUGUGUGUCACCCUGAAGUCCUCCCCAUCUACACCGAGCUACGCAGGGCAACCCAGAAGCGAAUGCAGACUGUGGCAAACAUCUCAAUUCUGGCUAUGUUCGUCAUGUACCUCCUCACUGCUGUGUUUGGCUAUUUGACAUUUUACAGUAACGUCGGAGCUGAAUUGCUGCACACCUACAGUACAGUCGACCCCCUGGACAUUCUCAUAUUGUGUGUGCGCGUGGCCGUGCUGGUGGCGGUCACCCUCACUGUCCCCGUGGUGCUAUUCCCGAUUCGUCGUGCUGUGAUGCAGUUGCUGUUUCCGGGGAGGGAUUUUCACUGGGCGCGCCACGUAGGAAUCGCAGUCUGUCUCCUCAUUGUCGUUAACCUGCUCGUCAUCUUCGUGCCCAACAUCCGAGACAUCUUCGGCAUCAUUGGUGCCACUUCUGCUCCCAGCCUCAUCUUUAUCCUGCCAGGAAUCUUCUACAUACGGAUUGUCCCUGAAGAGCGAGAGCCUUUGAAAUCCAGACCUAAAAUUCAGGCUGCUAUUUUCGCUGCUGUCGGCUUCAUCUUCAUGAUCAUGAGCGUAUCGUUUAUCAUCUUGGACUGGGUUAAAGGAGGAGGAAACAACGUGGGUGGACACUAGCCUCAGAGGGAAACCAACAGAGACGGAUUGAAACCUUUCCCCACUGGACUUCAGCAGCCCAACCGAAGACAAUGGCUGUUCGCUCCAACCCAAUCGCAUUUAGAAAACCCCCAAAAACGAUCCCCAUUUUUUUUUUGAAAACGUGUCAUCAGUUGCAAGCAAUGCCUGUCAGACAAUUGCCAAGCAAACCAGCGUAUUGGUGAUAUUCAACCCUAACCUGGAUUUCUGUACUGGUGAUUCUGCGUUCGCAAAAUACAGUAUCUGGGUUUUACAUUUCAUCCUUAAAAACCUUUAUAAAAACUUAUUUUUAUUUUUAUUUUUAAAUAAGUGUUGAAAGAUAAUUUCAGCAAUCAUGUUCAAUGGUCCUAGUGACUUGUAUUUUGGUAACAUUUUACAUUGUGUCUGCUGUGUAUUUACAAAAGAUUUACUCAUUAAGUACACUGUAACUAUACAUAA